ACGUCAGUCUUAUUUUGAAAGGUAUAACCGGAUAAGCUCCGAGAGACAACAUGGCGAACACAGGUGGUAGGAUCAUGGACGGAGGAGACUUGAUGCGAUAUGCUGAAUACACUCCGAAAACUCAAGCAAGGAGCGACGCAGAGAUAGACAGGCGGCUGGGAGGGACUCUGAUUGCGGUCGGUCUUGGUGUGGCUGCUGCAGGUUUUGCAGGCCGCUAUGCAUUCCAGCUGUGGAAGCCUCUUGGACAAGUCUUCUCUGAAACUGUCAAAAAGAUGCCUACAUCAGCUUUCUCAUCAUAUUACAAAGGAGGUUUUGAGCAGAAGAUGUCCAAACGAGAGGCUAGCCUUGUUCUCGGCAUCAGCCCAGUAAGCACUAAGGCCAAGGUACGGGAGGCCCAUCGGAGGAUCAUGGUUCUGAACCAUCCAGACAAAGGUGGGUCACCGUAUCUCGCUGCUAAGAUCAACGAGGCCAAGGACCUUUUGGACAAGGAGACCCGGCGAUGACCUUUUCUGUUAACAAACACUUCCAUCAGACUUCCAUUAUUUAGCACAUCAUCUCAGCUCUGUUGUACUGCUCCAUCAACAUCAGCAUCACAUCUGGACCUCCACCCAGGCUCCUGGAGGAUGACAGAAAAAAAAAUGACCAUCACGACAGUGUCCUCCUUAACCUGGCUAUGUAACUUAUCUUGAACUAUUUGUCAACCUUGAGAACAUAUGGAUAUGUACGUCAACCAAUAUGUAUGUUAAGGUUAUUGAGGACAGAAUGUUGCACAGUUGCCCUCUGGUGGUAACUGCUGCACACUGGAGCCAAAUUGUUUGUUAUGAAUGCACAUGUCAGCGUGUAAAGUAUGGUAUUAUGAUCUAUUUAAUUAGAAUAAUAAAUUCUAAUGUUUAACAGUCACUGAGGAUGUGGUGAAAAUAGUUUUUUUUAUUAAUAAACUCUCUUCUGAAAACUGAUGCAUUUGUAUUAAAAUGAGUGACUAUGGCUAAUUGUGUUGGCAGGUCAACUGAAUUAAGUUCUGGAAAUAAAAAGCAUUUCCCUUUUUGUAA